GGAUCCAGUUUGAGCUGCACAGGAGGCGUGUGUUAGAUUUAUUGGUUUUCUGCUUCAUUUAAACUGCCUGCAUCUCUCAAACAGCCACAGAUUUGCUGAACCUCCAUCUGCUGUCACAACUUCUCCAUCUCACCACACCUUAGCCGGAGCUAUCAGUCUAUCCUGCCUGGGACAGCUUCGUGGAUUAUCCAUAUCUUCAGAAUACAAGACUUUACAGAUUUCUACCCAUGUGGGUGGUGGAGAAGAUCCGUGUGUCAGUGGAGAGAUCUAACCUGCCUAUCCCGUCAGCAGAGCUCAGCUUUAAAAUUGGCGACAUCAUGUUAGGAGAAAAAGCUGACAAACCCAAGAGGAUUUCUCUCUGUCCUAACAUCAUCACCCCCAACAACAUCCCAGAGUUCUGCAUCCCCCCAACAAUCCUGUCCCUGCAGGAGAUGAAGAAUACGGAGCAGAGCCGAAUGUCUCGCAUUGUCAAAGUGUCUCCCUGUGGCCGGGCCAGCCCUGAAACAGAGGUGACAUUUCAUGAGCCACUCAACCCGCAUAUCAUUCAGGUGGAAAGUGUGGAUGAGAGCCCCUAUGACGGCGGCAGUGAUGAGGAAACCACCAAUGCAGAUCCCCAUAGCCAGGCCGCAUUAUCUCUCCCACACUUGGCCAAAGCUCAGACCAGUUAUGGCUUUUGUACCUUACUAGAGAGCCCCCACACCCGGAGGAAGGAGUCCAUUUUCCAUUCUGAUCCCGGCUCCUCUCCCCUGCUGCUGCCCAGGAGUCGGUCCAGCAUGUGCUCCAAAGUUUCCCCCUCCACCUCGCCCUCCUCCUCUCCUUCUUCAUUCAGCCUCAACAGCCUGACCUCUAGGCUUUCCCCGAGAGGCUACACCCUGAACUGGCAGGCCACCCUGGACAGCGAUACAACUUCCUCCACUGAAUCCUCUCCUUUCAGCUCACCGCUGCUAACCAGGUGCCCUGCCAAGUCUUCCCUCUUCAAAGCACUGAGCCAUGAACUGCUAUUGUCAAGGAACAUGAGGAAGGCAAUGGUGUCCAGGAACAAUUCCCUGUCCACAGAUGAAGGCAGCUCCACAGACAACAGCCCCAAUGUCAUGAGGAGGGCAUCAGAAGGGUUAGCUGAAGGGCUGCCCAGCAGUUACAGCCUUGCGCCGCCCAACAUCUUCCCCAUGGACUUGACUCUGCACAAAGAGAGGGUAAUGAAGGAGAGAAUGGUGCCCAUAGGAAAAGAUGGCAGUCUGAGACUCUCAGCAGAGUACUGUCUGGACAACCAAAGACUGAGGAUUCGACUUAUCAGUGCGGAGGGCCUCUAUCCUCUUUCUGUAGACCCCAAGAUUAUCAACUGCAGCAUCAGCCUCUCUCUGGUUCCUGGAAAAGUCCAGAAGCAACGCAGCACAGUAAUCAGAAAGAGCCGUAAUCCAAUCUUCAACGAGGAUUUCUUCUUUGAUGGUAUCUCCGAGGAUGACCUCAGCCAGCGCUCCCUUCGCUUUAAAGUGGUGAACAAAAUGUCCACCCUGAAAAGAGACUAUCUGCUUGGUGAUUGUGAUUUGCCCCUUUCAAGCAUUGUAACACUAUCAACUUAAAUACUUCUUGAACUAUUUAUUUAUGUAAUGAAUUAUUUAUUUUCAUUUUUUAUUGUAAAACAAGAUUUUAUAUAAAAAUAUGGAAAUUAC